AUUACGCUUGCCUUAAGAACCAAGGAAACAGCCUCGGCCACCUAUUUUUCCUCCUUCGAGAAUUUGGAAGUCAAGCUCGAGCAUGGCGUACGUUGAGAAAGGAAUCGUGAAGCCCAAAAGAACAAUAUGGCGUUUGAGUAUAAUAUCUGAUUUCUUCUGGGCCAUUGUUAACUUUAUCGGAGUGUUCUUCGCGACCAUGUUUUCUAUGGACAAAACAAAUGAGUACAAGAAGGGUUCAGGGGCUGGGAAGAAAUGGGAUGGUGGACCUGGGGGAGGGAGCCCAGGUGGUGGUGGUGGCCCUGGUAAAGGUCCAUAUGGCGGCGGACCUCGCGGGCCUCGUACGUUGGCCGAUCUCCGAGCCAAUGACCAUAGUUCUCUUCCUGCUUGUGGUUCCUGCUGCGGUGGCUAAACCUGAAAGCUCUCAAUUGCUGAUUGUAAAAGAGAAAGAAUCCCCUUCCCUGAAAUCAUAGUCCUAAGGUUUACUUGUGAAAUUGGUCUUUGUGUUGAUACUGUUGUGACUAUCGAUAUACAAUUGAUCUGGACCCAAAAUUGUCUUUGAUAUAGAGUAAAAUGCCUAUUACCUCCAAUUUGAAUAUCACAAGGAGUUUAAAUCUUAACUGUUUUAUUAAGGUUGCUUGA